CAGUAAUCCUAGCUUAUCAGAGAGCACAGCGCACUUCUCGAUAUCGCCUCAGAUUGUCGAUUGUAACAGUCAGCUAGUCUGUUAUUGAACGUCCGAUUGUCCAGCAACGUAGACAGCAAACUAUGUCCAUCUGUACCCGGAUCAGACUGGCAAUAUUGUACACUGCUGGAGAAUCUGAUAAGACAGAGAACGGUUUGGGCUUGAAUCGCCUUGUGUUUUACUGAUAGCUUUAUCCCGGAGUUGAUAGUUACCAAUGUGUUAAGAAUGUAUGUGAUGGAUGAAAACUGUUUCUAAAUAUUACAACAUGGCGGACGGAAGAAGCUUACUGUCGUCUGUCCCCCACCCGCCUAGACAGGAAUAUGAUAGGCCGGGGGGCCAGGAGUCGAGGCAGGCUCGGAGUCCUAAAAAGAAGAAAGUCCGACGCCACCGAGCACCGAAGACGACAGACCUUCAUCGUUUGGAGGAAGAGACAGACGAAGAAAAGGAGAAGAAAUUAAGCUCUCGGGAGAAGACACAGGUCAUUGUUGACGAUGCCGAGAAGGAGUUCAUCCCCAGCGUCAACUACAUCGAAGACAAAAAGAUCCCCGGCGUCGAGGAACUAGAGAAGGAGGAAGGAGAGGUGGCGGAGGAGGAAGUGGAAGAAUUCGAAGAAGAAGAUCCAUGCAUGACAGCAGAAGAGAAACAGGCUAUGUACAAUGCCGCAUCGAUCGGGGACAUCGACCUGCUGGAGGACUGUCUUGACAAGCGCUACUCUGACAUCAACAUGACUUGGUACCACGAGAACCUACUGGUAGCCGCCAUCAAGUCCAAACAGGAGGAGAUGGCGGAGUUCCUCAUAGACAACGGCGUGGAUUACAACUACAAGACAGCCAUGAUAAACGUAAAGGAUGAGCGAACAAAGGCAAUGGAGUGGUACAACUGCAGUUGUAGACAACUGGCUUUCGACCAAGGGAUGCACGACGUUGUAGAGCUCAUCGACUACCUGAACGGAGACUUGUUUAGCUUCAUCAAACCCAAACAAAGGAUCAUCAGAUACCGCCGACCCAAGCCUCCAACGCCUGAACCAUCCACUGGUGGCGAGUCCGAGAAUGAUGCUUCCAGCGAAGCCAGCAAAAAACAGGUCAGGAGAUGAAGACGAGACUCGGCCAAGGAGGAAGAAGAAGAAGAAGAGGAAGGACUCCAAAGAGGAAGAUGUAGACAAGAAAGAGGAGACUGAUAAGUCCGAAAAAGAUUUUGAUGCAGAUUCCGGGCAUCACAGCAGUGAUGGUGAGGCAGGGAGUGAUAAAGCUGAUGGUGAUGAAGAUGAAGGAAGAAGCACCCAACAGUCUGACAGCUUCAGAAGAAGCAGAACUAGUUCAAGCCGGUUUACUACUGGUUCUGGUCGGUGCAGUAGCAUCAGAUUGACCUUUGACGCUCGCAGUCCAUCACCACCGCGAUUUCGGAGUGAAACUUUCAUGAAACGCUUUAUGUGCAUCAGUAGGGCAAGUGAUGAAGGCUAUGCCUCUCUGUCUUCCAAAAGCUCCCCAACAAGCGCAGAAAGCAAGCAGAAACGACCACGAGUGACAAUUAUAACCAUUCCGCCACGAGGCACCAAGUCUUCUCUGAUGCUCAGAAAGGCAUCUUUAAUGCGCAAGGCUGAGGCAGAACAGGAGGUUGAGCAGCCUUUGCUGCAGAGAAAGGUGCGAAUUCCUGGGAGUUAUGGUGCCGAGAGCCGACAAUGGUAUCAGACAUCAGUGCCUUCCAAUUCAAAGAGUUUUGGAAACCUCAAACAAACAGGGAAACGCGUAAAUCUACAAAACGUCAACAAUGCCAAGAACUUGCCAAAUGGCCGUGCGGCGCACUACAUGCAAAUGACAACCAGUGCUUGUACGAAACGACGGCUGGAUCCCAAUUUCACCAAGUGCUACAGUUCGCUGGACUUUGUAAGUGAUAAACUCAUCAAAGGUUCCCGAUCGGGAAAUCGAAGGGCAAUAACGACUAGGCAAACUGUGAACUGCCUCAGAUCGAACACUACGUCUGGGAAGGAGAAUAUAUCAGCAAAACUCAAAUCUUCUGAUAAUGAGACGAAAAUUCCUCCGUUUCGUGAGUCAGUGAUCACUCUGACGAGGGUAUGGUAAUCACAUAGGACAGUUUCUUUUUAUUUCAGUUUUAGUAAUCAAAUCUCGACCUAGGAGUAAAUUCAUCCUGUAAAACAGCUCCUUCAAUCUAAAUGGAGUCAGAUGCCUUUUUAAGUCCCGUUAGUGUACACUUUAUGUAAAACGAAACAAUGUAUAGUAUUAUUGUACUACGAGUAAAGUUCAGAAUAAAUGCUUAUCAUUCUUGUUACUAAA